UAGUUUCCCAGAAUCCUGUGCGGCGCGUCAGUCCACGUCACCGCAGCGCAUGCGCUGUGGUGAACUCUGCUGAGCUGAGGUGUCCUUUCAUUCACAGACCGUGUGAAAGUCUCUCAGCGGUUCAACAAGCUAACCUCAGAAACUAAGCGAAUCAUAAUUAAARCCAUGAUAAUCCGGGUAGCCGCCUUCCUGACCCUGCUGCUGGUCGCUUGUUCGGGAGAGACCUGCACUGAUCCGGUCAUCACUCCGUCGGCCUACACCACCGCCGACGCCGUCAUCUCUUCAGAGUCCGUCUUCAUUGUGGAGCUCAGCCUGACUUGUGCCAACGGAGCCCAGAGUGUGACUCUGUAUGCUGAUGUCAAUGGAAGACAGUUCCCUGUAACCAGAGGUCAGGAUGUUGGUAAAUACCAGGUGUCCUGGAGUCUUCCUCACAAACAAGCUGCCUCAGGAACCUAUCAGGUGAAAUUCUUUGACGAGGAGUCCUACAGUGCCCUGCGCAAGGCUCAGAGGAACAAUGAAGACGUAAACGCUAUUCAGCCUCUCUUCUCUGUCAACGUUGACCACAGGGGUGCAUGGAGCGGCCCGUGGGUGUCAACCGAAGUGGUGGCAGCUCUGAUUGGUAUUUUAGUCUACUACAUGGCCUUCAGUGCCAAGAACACCAUCCAGGCAUAACCUGAUCCACAAUAAUGUUUCCACCUAUGGAUCAUUAAAGACUGAACUCUGGUGGGUUGGACUAACGAUCCGUCAUCCAGUGUUGCAGCAGAACCAGCAGAAUUUUGCUGCUUUACCUGCUUUGAAGGGCAAAAAGCAAAGAAAGUGGCCUGUUUUUUUCUCUUUUUUUAAUUCAGAUUGUGCAAACAUUUUUAUAAAUUUUCCAAUUAAUUUGGUCACAAGUUGUCCUGUCAGUGCACAAAUGACUUUGUGGUUCUUCUUAUUUUCUUAUUUUAUUUUAUUUUUGUGGGUAUGCUGGCCCAAAUGGGACUUUUGCAGAUGUUUUGAAUACAAUAAUGUGUCGGCGCUGGCUGGCCUGAACAGGCCUACGUAGACAUGUCUCUUCCAGGAAAAUGAAUAAAUGGCUUGUUCUGAUUCCAAUGUAA